GGCGCCGCGCCGCCCGCAGUCCUCUCCCUCGGCGCCGCCGCCGCCGCCGCCCGCGGGGCCGGGACCCGAUGCGGCGGGAGCCGCGCAGCCUGGAGGAGCCGGAGCGGCGCUGUUUGGGGACAGCCAUAUUUCUGAUUCCAUAAAGUGGUCUUCUGUGUAAAGCUGGCAGAGGAUCACAGCAAUGCCUCCACGGCCGUCGUCAGGUGAACUGUGGGGCAUCCACUUGAUGCCCCCACGCAUCCUAGUGGAAUGUUUACUCCCAAAUGGAAUGAUAGUGACUUUAGAAUGCCUCCGUGAGGCUACCCUAAUCACCAUCAAACAUGAACUGUUUAAAGAAGCCAGAAAAUACCCUCUGCAUCAGCUUCUGCAAGAUGAAUCUUCUUACAUUUUUGUAAGUGUUACCCAAGAAGCAGAAAGAGAAGAAUUUUUUGAUGAAACAAGACGGCUUUGUGACCUGCGGCUCUUUCAGCCCUUUUUAAAAGUCAUUGAACCAGUAGGCAACCGCGAAGAGAAGAUCCUCAAUCGAGAAAUUGGUUUUGUUAUUGGCAUGCCAGUGUGUGAAUUUGACAUGGUUAAAGAUCCAGAAGUCCAGGACUUCCGAAGGAACAUUCUGAAUGUUUGCAAAGAAGCCGUGGAUCUGCGGGAUCUCAACUCGCCUCACAGCAGAGCAAUGUAUGUCUACCCUCCCAAUGUAGAGUCUUCCCCAGAAUUGCCAAAGCACAUCUACAACAAGUUAGAUAAAGGACAAAUCAUUGUGGUGAUUUGGGUAAUUGUCUCUCCAAACAAUGACAAGCAGAAGUAUACCCUGAAGAUCAACCAUGACUGUGUGCCAGAGCAAGUCAUUGCUGAAGCCAUCAGGAAGAAGACUCGGAGUAUGCUGCUGUCCUCUGAGCAGCUGAAACUCUGUGUCUUAGAAUACCAGGGCAAGUACAUUCUGAAAGUGUGUGGCUGCGAUGAGUACUUCCUAGAAAAGUACCCUCUGAGCCAGUACAAGUACAUCAGAAGCUGUAUAAUGCUGGGGAGGAUGCCCAACUUGAUGUUGAUGGCCAAGGAGAGCCUUUACUCUCAGCUGCCGAUGGAUAGCUUCACAAUGCCAUCAUACUCCAGGCGGAUCUCCACAGCCACGCCCUAUAUGAAUGGAGAGACAUCUACGAAAUCCCUCUGGGUUAUUAAUAGUGCACUCAGAAUCAAAAUUCUUUGUGCAACCUAUGUAAAUGUAAAUAUUCGAGACAUUGAUAAGAUCUAUGUUCGCACAGGUAUCUACCAUGGUGGAGAACCCUUAUGUGACAAUGUGAAUACUCAAAGAGUACCUUGUUCCAAUCCUAGGUGGAGUGAAUGGCUGAAUUAUGACAUAUACAUUCCUGAUCUUCCUCGUGCUGCUCGCCUCUGCCUCAUUUGCUCUGUUAAAGGCCGAAAGGGUGCUAAGGAGUGAAAGGAGCACUGUCCAUUGGCCUGGGGAAAUAUAAACUGUUUUGAUUACACAGACACCCUAGUAUCCGGGAAAAUGGCUUAUCUCUGGCCUGUACCUCAUGGGUUAGAAGAUCUGCUGAACCCUAUUGGUGUUACUGGGUCAAAUCCAAAUAAAGAAACUCCUUUUGAGCUGGAGUUUGAUUGGUUCAGCAGUGUGGUGAAGUUUCCUGACAUGUCUGUGUCGAAGAUGCAUGCCAACUGGUCUGUGUCCCGGAAGCUGGGUUCAGUUACUCUCAUACACGGACUGAGUAACCGACUCGCCAGAGACAAUGAACUAAGAGAAAAUGACAAAGAACAGCUUCGAGCACUUUGCACCCGGGACCCACUCUCUGAAAUCACUGAACAAGAGAAAGACUUCCUAUGGAGCCACAGACACUACUGUGUAACUAUUCCUGAAAUCCUACCCAAGUUGCUUUUGUCUGUCAAGUGGAAUUCCAGAGAUGAAGUAGCCCAGAUGUACUGCUUAGUCAAAGACUGGCCUCCAAUCAAGCCUGAGCAGGCCAUGGAACUUCUGGAUUGUAAUUACCCCGAUCCCAUGGUUCGGAGUUUUGCCGUUCGGUGCUUGGAAAAAUACUUAACAGAUGACAAACUUUCUCAGUACCUCAUUCAGCUCGUGCAGGUCUUAAAAUAUGAACAAUAUUUGGAUAACCUGCUUGUGAGAUUUUUACUCAAGAAAGCGUUGACAAAUCAAAGGAUUGGCCAUUUUUUCUUUUGGCAUUUAAAAUCUGAAAUGCACAAUAAGACUGUUAGUCAGAGGUUUGGCCUGCUGCUGGAGUCCUACUGCCGUGCCUGUGGGAUGUAUCUGAAGCACCUGAACAGACAAGUCGAGGCCAUGGAGAAGCUCAUCAUGACCGACAUCCUCAAGCAGGAGAAGAAGGAUGAGACACAAAAGGUACAGAUGAAGUUUUUGGUUGAACAGAUGAGACAGCCAGAUUUCAUGGAUGCUCUGCAGGGUUUUCUGUCUCCUCUGAACCCUGCUCAUCAACUAGGGAACCUCAGGUAAGGUUUUUAUGCUGAAGAGUGUCGAAUUAUGUCGUCUGCAAAAAGGCCACUGUGGUUUGAAUUGGCGGAGAACCCAGACAUCAUGUCGGAGCUGCUGUUUCAGAACAAUGAGAUCAUCUUAAAAUGGCGGGAUGAGAAUUUGCGGCAAGAUAUGUUAACACUUCAGAUCAUCCGAAUUAUGGAGAACAUUUGGCAAAACCAAGGUCUUGACCUUCGAAUGCUACCUUACGGCUGUCUCUCCAUUGGGGACUGUGUGGGGCUCAUCGAAGUGGUGAGGAACUCUCACACCAUCAUGCAGAUCCAGUGCAAAGGAGGCCUGAAGGGCGCGCUGCAGUUCAACAGUCACACACUGCAUCAGUGGCUCAAGGACAAGAACAAGGGCGAGAUAUACGACGCGGCCAUUGACCUGUUCACAAGGUCGUGUGCUGGGUACUGUGUGGCAACUUUCAUCUUGGGAAUUGGAGACCGGCACAAUAGCAACAUCAUGGUGAAAGACGACGGACAGUUAUUUCAUAUAGAUUUUGGGCACUUUUUGGAUCACAAGAAGAAAAAAUUUGGUUAUAAACGGGAACGUGUGCCAUUUGUUUUGACUCAAGAUUUCUUAAUAGUGAUUAGUAAAGGAGCCCAGGAGUACACAAAGACCAGAGAGUUUGAGAGGUUUCAGGAGAUGUGUUAUAAGGCUUACCUAGCAAUUCGGCAGCAUGCCAAUCUCUUCAUUAACCUUUUUUCAAUGAUGCUUGGCUCUGGAAUGCCGGAACUGCAGUCUUUUGAUGACAUUGCAUAUAUUCGAAAGACUCUAGCCGUAGAAACUGAGCAAGAGGCUUUGGAGUAUUUCACAAAACAAAUGAAUGAUGCACACCACGGCGGCUGGACGACAAAAAUGGAUUGGAUCUUCCACACCAUCAAGCAGCAUGCCUUGAACUGAGAUGGGAGCUGGGAACUGCAAGCUGGCGCAUUGUUUCUCCACUGCAUGGCAGGAAAUUCUGGGCUGGCAUCAAGUACAGCAGUGAUCUAGAGGAGGCCAGCAGGGCUCCUGUUUCUGACCUGUACAGUAUUCACUUUGAGCUGAUUGUUUCUCCUUUGCAAUUGAACUGAGUACUUUUUUUCAUGCAUGUUUUCCAGAAAAUGAAUGAAGUGAGUAUUAAUGUUAUUAAAAAGAUUAUUUUUUUUAUUAAAGGCUAUUUAUAUUAUAGAAACUAUCAUUAAUAUAUAUUCUUUAUUUACAUAAUCUGUCCCAUAGUCAUGCAUUGUUUUGCACCCCAAAUUUUUUAUCAUUGGUAACAGCAUGGUUAGCUUUUCUCUUGGUCUGUAGAUGAGGCUCAGGCACUAUUCCAUUUAUCCAGAUCCCCUGUAUGACUCCCUAAGGAACAGGUUGAGUGCACACGCUUUCCUUCCACUGCUGUCCGUUUUCACCCGAUGCCCUCAUCGUCCAUCCAUCUAUAGUUGAGAAUGGCACAACCCUCUGAAACCAGUUACUAGACGAAUACAAAGUAGACUAUCAUCCUGACUCUUAAGCCCUCUACUGAGGUCUGGUCAUGAAUGACUUUUAUAUUAUGAGAGACUAGAAACCAUGAAUUUUUUUACCUUCGUAAGCUAUGUAUUCAUAUCUCAAUGAUAAUAGUAAGGACAUUAACCCAUUUACUAUCAUGUCCCAUUUCAAAGUGGUCAGGUCCCUCACAUCCAACUUCAUUAUUACAUACCGCACAGAGUGCAUUAUUAAGCAUUCUGAAAUCAUCCAUCUAAGAUGUAGGGCUAAUGUUAGUGGUCACUCUAGAUUUCUACUCAGUGUUUGAAUGAUUCCUGUCCUAGAAAAUAGCUUUAGCCAGAUGUUCAGAUGCCACACCAAAAAAGAAAAAAAAUUUUAAAAAGCGAAAAAAGAAUAAUAAAUAAAAAAAAAAAGAAAAAAUGUGCAAUAAUUUUCCUGACAGUUUGCUAGCUUAGACGUUGUUCCUGGAGAGCCUCUUUACAAAGAGUGCACACUGUACACUCUAGAACAACAGCAUCCCUUUGAAGCGCUCGUCUGUGAUGUCAGACACCUAGAGUAGAAGUUUUGAAUAGUAAAUGGGACUCUAAUAAAAAUACUCUUAAUAUCUGGCUAUUUUAGAACCCUUAAAGGGCAUAAUUAUUGAAGAUUUAGGUACUUCACUAAAGCAUGUAUAUAUUAUUGCCAACAAGAAAACCUGAAAAUUAGGGGAACUUAGUUCUGUAAACUGUCUUGGAAUAGUUAAUCAGAAUUUAAACUGUUUUAAGCAGAAAACCAGAUAGAUUCUUUGCAAAUAUAGUAAACUUCCUAACUUAUUUACUUGGCAUUUAACACUUUGUGUUACUUAGAUAUGCAGUUGCUAGGUACUAACAUCCCAUUCUUUUCUAUAUCAGGGAUUAUUACAGUCAAACUCAGUGACAUGGUACAAAUCUACAGUUUUGAUGGUGGAAACUGAAGAAUUACAAAAAGAACUGUGUUUUCCUGAGUGCCAAAACAAAAAACAAAAGCCGUGAGCCUCCUUGCACAAAAUUGAUCGUUUUUGCCUUUUUUUUUCUGCAUUAGUUCAAGUAGUUACCACCUUCUAGAGUCUCUGCACAACUAAAACACAGCCACAUCGCUUAGUAUGCCAUGGCCACCACAUUGAUUAUACUGAUAGGGAAAUCUAUGGAGAAUGGUUUGUAUUAAAAAAGACAAAGGACUAAAACUCAAAUCGAAACUGGGGUGAUCAGAAUCUGUUACCAGCGAGCAAUAAUGUGCCACUCCCAGGUGCUUGAGAAUCAGAAGGACCUGUGGAGCAGUCACCUCUGUAAAUGGCUAUCCUUGUCAUUGAGUAUUGUGUCAAUCUUGACUUUGGCUAAUAAUUUCACUACGUCACUUGAGGAUGUUUCGUCAGUAAUUAUUUCUGGAAGGAAAGAAAGCGAAUCUAAAGAAACUAAGUACCCUGUAGCAAGAAGUAACUUAAAUCAUGCUUUCACUUCCUACCAUCGCAGCGAUGCAAAACCUUUAGUUUGAAGAUUUUUAGACUGCUGUUAAUUUGAAAUCUGUUCAUCUUACUGUGGAGUUUGAUUUGUCUGUUUGUUUGCUUUCUGUUUGUUUUUAAAGAUAUGUUUCUAAGUUUUUACAAGAAGAAUGGAAUCUGGUUGCUAUUUUAUCGUAGAACCUGAGACUUUGUGGUUCUUCGUGUCCUCUGUAAAACUUGGUGUCAGAGUCAUCAGACUUGAGGUUGUCCCUUCUACUCUGCUUUAUAUUACUGCCCAUCAGGAAAUGGGAGCCUGGGGAAUAUAUAAUGAAUUGUAAAAUAUUUUAAUGUGUAAUUUUUUCAACUGUGAAACUGACUAUUGGUUUUUUUUUUUUUGAUGAAAACAGCUGCUGAUAAAGUAUUUUGUGUAAA